CGGGUCUAAAGGCUGCUACAAAAGCAGCAUCGGAUGCUUGGAAAUCAAUGAGUCUUGAAGAGAAAUCAAAAUAUACUCAGCAAGCUCGUGAAGUAUGGAAUACUUACUUAACUGCAGCUCCUUCUCAGCCGCCAAAGCCAAAGAAACAGACUAAACUUGUAACAAGGUGCUCGCCAGGACGCUUGCUCAAUGUGAUACAGCGUCUGACUUCUGAACAAAAGGAGGCCGUGAAAAACAUGGGAUUUGGUGGCCUCCUCGACCUUAGAUGCCGGACCCUUCGCCGAAGUUUGUGCCUUUGGCUGCUGGAAAGAUUCGACACUAGAAAAUGUUGCUUGAAAAUUUGUGGCCAUUGUAUUCCUCUGCACCCAAAAGAUGUGGAACAUGUGAUGGGUUUAGCCUCCGAUGGGAAGGAAGUCAUUAACUCGGGACCCGGUGAUGUAAUCUCGGACUUGCGUUUGAGUUACAAUGCCACUAACCAUGGGAUUUCAGUUCACAAUCUCGAGGAAAAGUUGUUGAUUCCCGAGGCUGGAGAAGAUUUCAAGAGAUCUUUCAUUCUGUAUGCAUUGGGAACACUCAUUUCUCCAACUGCCAGACUAGAUGUUAGCCCUUCAUUUCUUCAUUUCUUGACCAAUAUAGAUGUGAUUCACCAAUUCAACUGGGGAAAAUUCUUGCUUGAUCGACUUGUACGUGAGGUCUCUCGGUUUCAACAGCGCAAGCAACAUGCUGUUGGUGGUUGUCUUCUCUUUCUCCAGCUUUUCUACUACGAGAAUGUUUCUGUCGAUGGAACCAAAGCUCCAUGCCCGACGACCAUUCCAUGCUUAUCCUUUUGGGGAGAGGAUGAAAUCAAUCAAAGAGAGAAGCGAGAGAAGCAGCUUGGUGGUUAUGGCUUUGGCUAUGUUGUUUGCAAAGAGCAAUACGUUAACCUGCCACUGCAUGAAAACCCCAAGCAUCGAGAUGACUUGUCGGCUGAUAGAAGUGUGCAAGAGUUUGAGGAUGUUUCUCCGAUUGAUUCAGGUGUCCGUGAGCCAAAAGAAACUUCCAAGGUGAUUGAUAGAUUUUCGGGUUCUGCUCAAACCAGCAAGCGAUGCGCCUGCCCUCUUCCGGAAUGUUCCUUCAUCGGCUCAUCAGAACAUUUGUCUCUCCAUUUCAGCUCCAAACACUGGGACUCAGGCAGAAGGUUUCAGUACAACAGUCCUCUAUCCAUCUCCUUGUCCCCGACAGAUCGGUUUCUUGUUCUCCAAGCAGAAGAAGACGGUAAACUCUUCGUUCUCAACAAGACCGUUGAAUCACUCGGGUUUGCAGUGAUGUUAACUCGGGUCGAGCCUCGUUUGUUCGAGGAGAGGUUUGUGUAUGAUUUGACGGUUAGAGGAAGAGGGUAUAGCUCUCUUCGGCUGAAAUCUACGGCCGAGAAUUUUCCGGGAAGGGUCGAAGGGUUUCCACCGUUGGAUUUCCUUCUCGUCCCGCUAAGGUUCAUCGGAGAUUCUGGUGAGAUCAGCUUGGAGGUUUGUAUAUGGAGUUCUGAAGAACAUGGAGAAGCCAGUUCUUAGAUUCUGUGUUUUUUUUUUUUAAAUCCAGCCACUCCACCAUGAAUGAUAGCAUAGUGAAAAUGUUUCUUUAUAUAUAAAAAUAUAAAUGUUAUGACGGGUUAUUAUUGCAAGGAAACUCAGAUCCUUCUUUGUAUUUUAAGACCAAAAAAAAUUCUAAAAAUGGCAGACAUUGAUAUUU